GUGUGUUCUCUCUGCCUAAUUUCCCGUCCACACAUAUAUUAUAUGUAACUCAUUCUGUCUUUACAUGCUUUGUUGCUUCUUACUCACUUCGACCUCUGUCCUUGUUUGUUGCAUCCACUCCUCCAAGUGAACCGCAUUACUUCUGCACCAAUUGACCACAACACAACCCUUUUCCUUACUUGUUUUUGUCUCUCUGUCUUUUUUUGCUUUGUCUUCUUCUGCCUCUUAGAAUAUAUCACCAUGUCUCAUCAACAUCAACUUUUCCUUUUCCUCUUCCAUCCCCAUUUUUGUCACCUCAACUAAAGAGAAAAGACAUCCCUUUUAGUUUCUUUUGUUUUUCUUUUUCACUUAUUUUGUUUCAAGUUAUGGAUGAACAAGGUUAUUGUAAUCUUGAAGUGGAUGUAAAUGGAGAAGAAACUUUCAUGGUUGAUAAGUCUAUUAUUACUCAAUACUCAAGCAAAUUGGCUAAAGUAUUUGGAAAAUCAAGUGGUUCAAGUGGAAAGCUUAAAGUAAUAUUCCAUGAUUUUCCAGGAGGUGCAGAAGGUUUUGAGCUUAUGUUAAGAUUCUGUUAUAACAAUGGAAAAGGUAAUAUAAGUCCUUCGAAUUUGUUACUUGCGCGUUGUGCGGCUGAAUACAUGGAAAUGAAUGAAUCUGUCAAAAAUGUUUGUAACUUAAUGGACCAAACUGAGAAAUCACUUCAAGGGAUUAGUUAUUGGUCGUGGUCCGAAAUUUUGAUUGCUUUGAAGCAAUGUCGGAAUUUAGUAGUUGAAGAUUCUUGUGUGAUGCUAGAGAAGUGUUUGGAUGCUAUUGUAGGGAGGUUGGUUUUGGCAAGUGAAGCGAGUCCGUGUCCAUCAACUUGUUCUAAUGAUAGUUCAGGGAUUAGGUUUUCGUGCGACUCGAAAAGUACCGAGAGUAUAAAGACGAGUUUUACUCGUUCGGCUUGGUGGUUUGAAGAUCUAUUGUUUUUGACUCCUCAAAUGGUUGUCAUGUUGGUUAAGUCGAUGCUUUCGAGUAAAUUGGAUCAUCAUGUUAUAAGCAAGUUUCUUCUCUAUUAUCAGAAGGUGAAAUUCGCGAAUGCUAGUACCGAUGAAAAGUGCAAAAUCAUUGAAAUGGUGAUUGAUAUGCAUUAUGAAUUAAACCAAAGUUCUGUUUCUUUCAAGACAUUAUUUGGGAUUCUUAGGGUUACUUUAUGUUUGAACAUAAGCAAAAAUUGUAGGAACAAGUUGGAGAAUAUGAUUGGAUCACAAUUGGAUCAAGUAACCUUAGACAAUUUGCUUGUUCCAUCUCCUUAUGGAAUAAACUACUUAUAUGAUGUGAACCUUGUUCUGAGAUUUUUGAAAGCAUUUCUGCGGCAAGGAAAUGGUGCGGUUGUCGCUCCCAUUCGGAUGAGGAAAGUUGCUAACUUAAUAGAUUUGUAUAUAGCUGAAAUAGCCCCUGAUCCUUGUUUAAGAACUUCAAAGUUUUUGGCUCUUGCUACAGCUCUUCCAGAUUCUGCUAGGGAUUCUUGUGAUGAACUCUACCAUGCUAUGGACAUGUAUCUUGAGGUACAUACUCAAUUAUCACAAGAUGAAAGGAUAAAAAUAUGCUGUGGUUUAAAUUAUGAGAAACUUUCACCUCAAGCAUGCUUACACCUUUCAAAGAACACAAAAUUUCCAUCAAAAUCAGCAGUUCAAGCUCUCAUAUCUCAACAAUCUAAGCUCAAAAAUCUACUCAAUGCUACUACUCCUAUUUCAACUCCAUACAAUGAUUCAUUGUGUGGUUCAAGUGGUUCUGCUCAAAAGGGAAAGAAAGAAAAAAGCAGUGAACAAGUUGUUUUAUAUGCUGGAAAUUUUGAUAUUCCACCUGAUAAUGAGAAACUUAAAGCACAUUUGCAAGGAAUGCAAUGUAGGGUUAUGGAGUUAGAGAAAAUUUGUAGGAAAAUGCAAACUCAAAUGGCAAAGAUGACAAAGUCAAAAGCAUCUUCUCAUAGUUAUGGUAAAUCUUUGCCAAAGCUUUGUUCAUGACUGUUUGAGUUUUUAUUUUUAUUUUUAUUUUCCAUUUUGUAAUUUUCAUAUUAAUUUGUAUAGAAAAGGUAUCAGUUUUGUGUGUGUGUUGAAGUUUGUGCUUAAUUGAGGUUGUUGAUUGAGUAAGAACACUGCUAUUUGAUUGUAUAGUCACUAAAUAAUGGAAGAAGAGUUUGCAUA